AUCCGGUUUUUACGUCAAGUUUAGAGCGGCAACAACGCUAACUGGGACCUUCCAGGAUAUACCUUGCAACUUUGUUGUCCAUAAGGCGAGCCCUAUACUCCUGGGACUAAUUGAAACUUUUUUGGAGUGUUGAACGCUAGAUACCAAGGAUGUCUUUGUGUAAGAGUUUCGGCAAGGAUAAGGUGAUUUUUGUUACCGCCGAAGAUCAUGCAACACCGAGUACAGUUGUGCUACCGGAACCAGAAGCCAGCCCCGGCCUGAUACUGGACAAUGGAGACAUCAAUUGGAAUUGUCCGUGCCUAGGAGGAAUGGCGACCGGACCGUGCGGUGUCGAGUUCCGUGAGGCUUUCUCCUGUUUCCAUUACAGUGAGGCCCAACCCAAAGGAUCGGACUGUUACGAUGCUUUCAAAACGAUGCAAGACUGCAUGGCUAACUAUCCCGGGGUGUACAAACAGAACCUACAGGACGACGAAGACGGUGGCACCGGGAUGGAUUUGGGUGCCAUGUUAGAUGAGGAUGAGGAGGAUCCCGAUGAGCAAACAUUGAAGCAGGAGGAUGCACAUGUAAGUACCGAAGUGGAACAUUCAAAACCAGGCGCUGGAUCGCCAACCACAGUAGCACAAAAAGUGAAUUAGUAAGGGUUCGUUGCAAAUGUAGAACUUCAAUAAACGUGUUAAUGAAAAUAA